AUGCAGCAAGCACUGGAACGAUUCCGCGUGCGGAUGGCCACGGCCAACCGGAAAUUCAUCCAGGAUCGCGUGGAUGAAAUCGAAGCCCGGGGCCUGGCCAACGAAGAAGUGAAAUGGCAGAAGAUGGUCGAGUACCGACACAUCUACCUACCGAACGAGAGGGAGGAGAACGAGUUUCCGCCGCGGUUGGUGGAUCUUCCCGCGGCGUUGGACACGGACGUGGACAACCUUGAAGCCCGCGAGCAGUUCCCGGAUAUGCUCCAGCAAGUCUUCCAGCAGCAGGCGGCGGGGUGGGCGGCGGAGCGAGGCCAGGAGGCCCCCCAACCCCCCGGGCUGGCCGAUGAUCUGGAGGUCACGGCUGGUGUGGUUACGGGCACGGGCUAUAUCGGGGAACACCCUCACUGGUAUAGUGCCUAUCUCUACUGCCGGCAGCGGGAUGAUGCGAUUCCCGACGCCCCCAAUAUCCGGAAUUGGGCGUGGCGGGUCGUUGUCCUUGACGACAAGGGGGAUUUUUGGGAUUGGUACUGUAGCUGGCCGGACUAUUUGGAUGCCCGCCGCAUACGGAGUCUUCGGCGUCGCGCUGUUCAGUGUGAAACUGAUUGCGAGUCGGACUGUGACUUGCACCUCGCUUGA